UCAUGGUAUAUCACAGCGUUGCAGUAUCGCGUGGUAGGGAAAUCCGAGCUUGGCCUUAACACUUUAUAUAAAAACGUUAAAUUCAUUGACUCCUGCUUUAGUCUAAAUCAUCGCCGAUUAGGAUUUGCCUGGCAGGGGUUAGCCUAGUCGGAUCGAACGGUUUCGUGCGGUGUCUCAGUGAAAUUGAAAGUGCGGCAGGAUGCCACCCCAGGAAAACGUCUCGGUUUCGGCGCCCAAAGGGCAGGACUCCCUCGAGGACCUGUCGCAGGGCAAAAGUGGAUAUACCAACGCGGCUUUCGUGAGUGAUCCACCGGAAAAGAACGGAACCGAAGUGGUUAAGAAGGAGGAAUUGAACGAACCGUUCGAGUUUGAUGAUUUGCUGCCUCACAUUGGCGAGUUCGGGAUCUAUCAGAAAAUUCUGUUUUUGUUGAUGAUCCCCUUUUCGUUUUUCGUGGCCUGGGUUUAUUUUACGCAAAUUUUCAUCACGAUUGUUCCCGAGGGUCACUGGUGUUGGGUCCCAGAACUCGCCAAUUUAUCGAUAGAAGAAAGGAUAGCCUUGGCAAUUCCAUCAGAAAAUGAAGGAUUCGAUAGAUGUCACAUGUACGAUGUGAAUUUUACUGAAAUACUGGAAAACGGCGGCAAGAAGGCUAAUCCUACUUGGAAAAUUAUUCCAUGUAAAAAUGGAUGGGAGUACAAUAAGACCGAAAUACCGUAUUCCUCAAUUUCUACAGAGCAAAAUUGGGUUUGCGAAAAUUCAGCGCUUCCCUCUACGGCACAGUCCAUCUUCUUUUGUGGUGCCAUACUGGGAGGAUUGGUUUUCGGAUGGAUCGCAGACAGAUUUGGCAGAAUCCCCGCUCUUCUAGGAACCAACAUAGUGGGAUUCAUCGGCGGAAUCGCCACGGCAUUUUGCAGCAGCUUCUGGUCUUUUUGCGUUUGCAGAUUCUUGGUUGGCAUGGCCUUCGACAACUGCUUUACUAUGAUGUACAUAUUAGUGCUGGAGUACGUGGGACCCAAAUGGAGAACCUUCGUCGCUAAUAUGUCCAUCGCAAUUUUCUUCACGUUCGCCGCUUCUAUUCUGCCCUGGAUAGCCUAUUAUGUUGCUGAUUGGAAAAUGCUCUGUUACGUCACGUCGGCGCCCCUGGCUUUGGCAAUAUUUACACCUUGGCUUGUUCCUGAAUCUGCCAGGUGGCUCGUCUCACAAGGCAAAGUAGACAAAGCAAUUGGCAUUCUCAGAAGAUUCGAAAAAUAUAAUAGGACACAUGUUAGCGAAGACAUUUAUAAACAAUUUCGUACUUCCUGUAUGAGAGCCCAAAAAGAAGAAGAACUAGAUAAAAAUUACACAGUUCUCGACUUAUUCAAAACGCCUCGCUUGAGAAAAAUUACAGUAGUGCUGAUUGUGCUGUGGAUGGCAAUUUCUUUGGUGUUCGAUGGUCAUGUAAGGAAUGUGGAAACCUUAGGUUUGGAUGUCUUCCUCACCUUCACCAUUGCUAGCGCCACGGAAUUCCCUGCUGAUACCUUCUUGACUAUGGUGUUGGACGUUUGGGGCAGAAGAUGGUUGGCAGCUGGUUCUAUGAUUAUCAGUGGGAUAUUUAGUCUAUUAGCUACAACAGUGCCAUUGGGUAUUCCGUCUGCGUCAUUAGCCAUCAUGGGAAGGUUUGCAAUAAAUAUUUCUUACAAUAUUGGGUUGCAAUAUGCCGCCGAACUUCUGCCAACUGUUGUCAGGGCGCAAGGGGUUGCCCUUAUCCAUAUUAUGGGAUAUGUCUCCAGUAUUGUUGCUCCUUUCGUAGUUUACUUGGCAAAAGUAUCGGUCUCACUUCCGCUAUUAAUCCUGGGAGUAUUGGGAGUGCUGGGGGGAGUUUUGGCGUUGUUCCUUCCAGAAACCUUAGAUCAGGAGUUACCACAGACAUUACAGGAUGGUGAAAACUUCGGGUUGGGUCAGAAGAUUUGGGAUUUCCCUUGUACAAAGAAAAAACAAGCUGAAAACGAAGGCAAAUUCCGCAGGAACACCUCGAUACGAGCCUCGACUAGGGCUUCCUUCCGAGGAGAAAUAAGAUCUAGUAUGAUUCACAGAUCCUCUAUUAGAUCUCGUAAAUCAAUAUGCGUUCCUGAGAAUCAGAUCGCUUAGAAGCUUUAAAGUAUUUUGUGCUGUGAUUUUAAUUUAAGGCAUCGAUAUAAUAGUCUUUUAGUUUCCGUUGUAUAAGUAGUAGAAAAUUUGUUGAAAUGUUUAUAUACUUCCCUAUAGUGUCAUUUGUUUUAUCCAUCACCUACUGCACCUUAUGCGUAAAGUUUUAUUACGAUAAUCUUGUUAUAAUAACGUUAUUUUAAGAAAGGAUGGCUAUCCAUCUGUUUUGUCUGUGGUAUUGUAAAUAGUUUUUAUCGUGUAUGUAUACUUAGCUUUCUAUUAUUUAGACUAGUUGUUCAUGAUUUUGUAUUAUUAUUUAAUGAUAAUAAUUGUGAAGUUGUACAUAAUUUAGUCAUAUUUAAUUCCUUAUCUAUGCUCUAUAUAAAACAAUAAAUUUAUA